GAAGGAGGGGAGGUAUGAAGGUUGAGGAGAGCAAGUGGACCCAGUCCUGUCAUUCACAGUACUGCAGGAGGACCAGCUAAAGGAUGUCUAAGACCCCGUCCACCACGUCUGCAGCCUCUGUAACGUCUGCAGCCUCUGUAACCUCUGUAACCUCUGCAACCUCUACAGACAGCAAAGGUGGCAAAUCCCGGAAGACUUCGUCCUCGAGUUCGGAGUCGGCUCCCAAGAAGGUGUCUAAGAAAGAGCAGAAGAGGAAAGACAUGGAAAAGAUACACACCACCCUGCUCAACAGCGUGUUUGGAGCGGAGAGGGAGUUGGCCCAAGCAGAGUUGGAUGAGCUGGACUUUGCCUUCAAGGAGUUUGACUACGACUGUGACGGCUACCUGAACUACAAGGACGUAGCUGAGUGCAUGAGGACCAUGGGCUACAUGCCCACUGAGAUGGAGCUGCUGGAGAUAGUGCAACAGAUCAAAAUGAGGAUGGGCGGUCUGAUGGACUUUGACGAUUUCUGUGAGCUGAUGGGUCCCAGGAUAAUGGGAGAGACAGCAGACAUGCUGGGGCUGAAAGAGCUCAGGUCCGCCUUCUCACAGUUUGACCAGGACUCUGAUGGGAAGAUCAGCCAGGAUGAGAUGAAGGAGGCGGUGAAGAGUCUACUGGGGGAGAAACUGAAGAAAGGAGAGCUGGAAGAGAUACUCAAAGAGAUAGACAUCAACGGAGACGGAAGCAUCGACUUUGAUGAGUUCGUCAUGAUUUUGUCCAUUCGGUAAGUGCUGGAAGACCUGAGAGGAUGCUAUCAUUUGUGUGUAUGAUCAGCUUUACGGAUGAAAUGUACUCCUCCAUUUCCUCACUGCUCCUUUUCUCCCCUCUCCGGUUCUCUCCUCUUCUGUUCUCUCCUCUAUACUCUGUCACUGAGAAAAUAAAUAUGGUGUACAAUGGACAAGAUUAUAUUCGAAAAUGUAUUUGGAUUAAUCCGUUUGUAGACACUGAUUGGCUGUAUGACAUCUAAAUAAGAUACCAUUUUGAUAUUUUUAUAAAGAAUUAGAAUUUCAGAAUUACAACCUAGGACUUUUGAAAAACACAUUUUUUUGUAUAAUUUUUUUACAGUCUGCGUUUUCUAAGUACAAAAUAAAGACAUGGGACAGAAGAAAUAUCUACACAUGUACAGUCGAAGUCGGAAGUUUACAUACACCUUAGCCAAACACACUUAAACUCAGUUUUCACAA